GAAAUUCACACCCUUCAUCCAGCCUUGAUGCGGAUUCAUGCCCAAAGCUCGCAAGAGAAAAGUACCCGUCACUACAACUAGCAAUCAUUCAGGAAAUGCCUCGUCGAGCAAGCCCCAGGCUAGCCGGACAGUCAUUCGACAGUUCCAUGUGCUGCUGAAGCAACAAGCCCAGCUGAAUGAUGCCCAGAAACUAGCGGAAAUCCAGCGCCAAAUCGACGAGCUUGGAGGAAUCGACUGCUAUCAGAGCAUGUCGGCUAUUGGGCAGGGCAAAGAUAGAGGAGGGGGUAGUGAAAAGGUGCUUAUUGGGUGGUUGAAGGAGUUGGGAUGCGGAGGGCAGAAAAAACUCAAAUUACUUGAAGUAGGCGCGCUUCUUCCAGAUAACUACAAGUCUUGCUCCUCGUGGAUCGAUGCGACGCCUAUGGACCUGCAUUCUCGCCAUCCUUCUAUCAUCGAACAGGAUUUUCUGCUCAUGGACGAAGCAGAGAACUGCGAGAAAUGGGAUAUUAUCAGCUUGAGUCUCGUUCUCAACUUUGUCCCAAGGCCAGAAAACCGGGGUCGCAUGCUGCGUUUAGCUCACAGUAUGCUUCCGUACGGGGGGAAGCUCUUUCUAGCGCUGCCCCUCCCGUGUGUAACCAAUUCGCGUUACUUGGACUUCGACCGCCUCCGUGAUCUCAUGCGGGUCGUCGGCUUCGUAGAAGUCAAGCAGAGAUGGAAGGAAACAGGAAAGAUGGCUUAUUGGCUGUACACCAAGGAGGAUCCAAUUGCAGCGCAGGGCGCUUUCACAAAGAAGUCGGUCUUGCGACAGGGAAAUCGGAAUAAUUUCUGCGUGUUGCUGUAAAUCCGUGUUUCUAUGCAAAGAGUAGUAAUUUAUUAUUCAAAUGGUGUCAUGUACGCUGUGUUAGCGUCUUCUUUAACAGUAAAUUCUGCCUCUCCAGCGUCUCUACUUUAGUCUGUGCCACCUUAGCCUUAUUCAAAAUAUA